GGAACCUGAAUCAACUGAACCGCGUCCAUACAUGUCCAUAUCCGUACACAAGCGACAAGCCCAGCCUCCCGAUCCCACGCCAUACGACCUCCUGUCACUCCUCACUUGUCACUCACCGAAUUGAUGGACUGAACUGACCGACUGAUUGGACCCCAUUCGUGUUCCGUCGCCAGCCAACGACAAGCCUGUUCUCGCUCACACACGCGCAAUCCCAACACAUCCCUCCCACUAUUAUACGCUGCUGUCUGCCGCUGCUACAGCACAGCACAGCCAGUACAGCACGCGCUGCCGCUUGAAGCGCUGCACUGACGCCUUGACGCCUUGACGCCCUGAAAGCGACAGCCCAGCACAGCCCAGGUCACAGUCACAGUCACAGUCACAUUCACAAACAGCCAUGUACUCCGCCGGCUACGGCUUUAGCAACAAUGCUGCUCCCUCUUUCAACAACCCUGCCCCACAGCAGCAGUCCGGAGCCCAGCCAGCCGCUCAGCAGAUGAUGUAUAACCAGCAGCAGCAGUUCGCCGGCAUGACGCCUCAAGGAAGCUUUAACCCUGGCGCGAAUCCUCAAAUGAUGGGUGCUGGUCCAGGAGGCAUGAUGCCAAACGCAGGAAUGCAGCAUAUGGCUGCCAAUGGUCAGAGUAGGUACCAUUUCUUCAUUUGCGCGCAAUCUUCGAUCGAAUCUUUCACGACGCGCCUGCUUCCAAUGCUCCUGUAAACAGCACCAGCCUCUUUAACGAUGUGUGGACAGCCUGUGGUUAGGCAUGAUUAAGAAGAAGCGCGGCGCAAAACGAUAUGCGACACGACAAAACACUCCUCCUUCACACCCGACAGCUAACAUAUUGCGCACAGUGGCAGGUUUCCAACAGCAGUUCGCUGGUAACCCUUACGGUCAAGUCGUUCCCUCGUCGGUCGCACCUCAGAAUUUUGCGCCAAAUUAUAUGAUGGGCGGAGGCAUGCAGGGCUUCCCGAUGAACCAACCCGGGAUGCCCCAGAAUCCUCAGAUGAUGCAGCGAUUGCAACAGCAACAGCAACAACAACAGCAAGCGCAGGCUCAAGCGCAGCAGCAACAACAACAACAACAACAGCAGCAGCAGCAGCAGCAGCAGCAGCAACAACAGCAACAACAACAAGCUGCUAACCCCGCUGGUAUGGGCCAGGUAUCGACCCCUCAAAGACCCCCGAGCGCCGCACAAGGGACGCCGAACAACGCUCUGCCUUCGCAACAGGGUCAAUUUCCGACUCCUCAGCCUCCCCCUCAAAGCCAGACCCCUACGAACCAGCAGUCCCAACAACCACAGUCGCAACAGCAGCAGCAGACUCAACAAGCCCCGACACAGGCGCAAGGGCAGCAGCAGCAACAACAACCCGUAUCUGCCGGACUAUCGACACCCCAGACGCCAACCUUCUCUUCGAAUCAAGGGCCGGCUGUCAAUGGAACUUUAACAGCGGCUCCGCUGAGUCCCGGUACCGAAUCUCGAGAUAAAGAACGAUUCGCAUUGUUGCUCGAUAUCAACCACGAGCUUCUCUAUGAAUCAAUACAAAUCCAGGCAACCCAACAAGAACUGAAGAAGGAGAGCGCUGCAGCUGGAAACCCUGCGGAUAAAAAACCGACAGACGAGGAGACGCAACUACAGCAAGAUUAUCUCCAAUGUAUGAGGAGAUUGCAAGCAAACUUGUCGUAUAUGGCCGCACUUGCAGAUCGGAAGCCUGAAGUUAAAGUUCCGCCCUGUCCAGCAUACCUCACUGCACCUGCUCUGACUCUUUCGCUCAAACUCCGGGUCCCAGCUGUAGGACCUGAAGGUGCGGACAACAACAUCGACCCGGUCGCUGACCGUGAAGAGCGAAAUAAUAGCAUAAGGGACUUGUAUUCAAGACUGCAGGCUGUCUUCCCCGGCAUUGACCCGAAGAGAGAACCAGCUUACCGUAUGAAUACACAAGGCGGCCAGAAGCCUGGCAUGAUGGGAAGCCAGGCCAGCCCGACAGCACAGAGGACGCCCAAGAUCACGAAUAUGGGGGCACCUCCUAUGCCCUAAUGCUGCUGGCUCGGACGACUACUGAGUGAGACAAAGAACGUGAAGGCGUAGAUAUGGUGCAAAGAUUUAUAGACACAGAUUGGAGUUAUUUUGGGUCAAGUUGACCAGUUCAUCUAACGAAUAGCAUAACACUUUCUUCUUCUUUUUUAUGGUAUAAGGGCUGGCUUGGUCUUGAGAGCUCGACAAACUGGCAGAUUAGAAGCAAUAUUGUUAUAAGAAUAGCGUUACUUUGGGGGUGGUUCAGAAGGAGAAGUGUAUAUGUAGUUGGUGAUUUUGCUCAGGGCGUUGAGGAGCUCGCUUCAGGAAUAUUAGCAAUGAAAAGCCAAGAGAGUCUAGCCUGUAUAAAUGAUUUUACGUUCGUUUUUGGCUGUAUCAAUUCGCGCACCUGCAAUCUCACAAAGUAGUCUUCACCGAAUCGAUCUCGA